CAGUCGCCGUGCGAGCGGCGGAGACGGGCGGGCGCUUCGCGGUUUGAAUGGCUGCGGGCCCGGGCCUGCAGCUCACCUGAGGACUGGCCGCCCAGGGGUGCGCCAUGCCAUCCGAAGGCGACCAGUCGCCGCCGCCCCCGCCACCCGCUCCGGCGGAGGCGGCCGGCUCCGAGGAGGAGGAGGACGAGGAGGAGGAGGAAGAGGAGGACGACGACGGGGAGGCGGAGGACUCGGCGCAGCCGACCCGGACGCCGACUCCUCAGACCCAGCAGCGGUUCGACGAGCUGUGCUGCCGCCUCAACAUGGACGAGGCGGCGCGGGCGGAGGCCUGGGACAGCUACCGGAGCAUGAGCGAGAGCUACACGCUGGAGGGAAAUGAUCUUCAUUGGUUGGCAUGUGCCUUAUAUGUGGCUUGCAGAAAAUCUGUGCCGACUGUAAGCAAAGGGACAGCUGAAGGAAACUAUGUGUCUUUAACUAGACUCCUGCGAUGUUCAGAGCAGAGCCUAAUUGAAUUUUUUAACAAGAUGAAGAAAUGGGAAGAGAUGGCAAAUCUACCCCAAGAUUUCAGAGAACGGACUGAGAGACUAGAAAGAAACUUCACCGUCUCUGCUGUCAUUUUUAAGAAAUAUGAGCCCAUUUUUCAGGACAUUUUUAAAUAUCCUCAGGAGGAGCAGCCUCGUCAACAAAGAGGAAGAAAGCAGCGGCGUCAGCCUUGCACGGUGUCUGAAAUUUUCCAUUUUUGUUGGGUGCUUUUUAUAUAUGCCAAAGGCAAUUUCCCCAUGAUUAGCGAUGACUUGGUCAACUCUUACCAUCUGCUGCUGUGUGCUCUGGACCUAGUCUAUGGAAAUGCCCUUCAGUGUUCCAAUCGCAAGGACCUUGUGAACCCCAAUUUUAAAGGCCUGUCGGAAGAUUUCCACGCCAAGGACUUCAAGCCGUCCUCCGACCCGCCCUGCGUCAUCGAGAAGCUCUGCUCCUUGCACGAAGGCCUGGUUUUGGAGGCCAAGGGAAUAAAGGAGCACUUCUGGAAGCCCUAUAUCAGGAAGCUCUACGAGAAGAAGCUCCUUAAGGGGAAAGAAGAAAACCUUACAGGCUUCCUGGAGCCUGGGAACUUUGGAGAGAAUCUGAAAGCCAUCAGCAAGGCCUACGAGGAGUACGUGCUGACGGUGGGGAACCUGGACGAGCGCGUGUUUCUCGGGGAGGAUGCGGACGAGGACAUCGGGCCGCUCUCCCGGUCCCUGAGCGCCGGGGCGGGAGCGGAGAGGGCGCAGGUGAAGAGCGUCCUGCAGCAGCAGCAGCUGGACAAGUCUAAAGGGCUUAGAAUCUCCACGCCACUCACGGGGGUGAGGUACAUUAAGGAUAACAGCAGCCCCUGCGUGACCCCGGUCUCCGCAGCCACGCACAGCCUGAGCCGUCUCCACACCAUGCUGGCGGGCCUUCGGAACACGCCCAGUGAGAGGCUGGGCCAGAUCCUCAGAACAUGUUCUAGAGAUCCAACCCAGGCCAUUGCCAACAGAUUGAAAGAAAUGUAUGAAAUAUAUUCUCAGCAUUCCCAGCCAGAUGAGGAUUUGGGUAAUUGUGCUAAAGAAAUUGCCAGCAGACACUUCCGUUUUGCAGAGAUGCUUUACUAUAAAGUAUUGGAAUCCAUUAUUGAGCAGGAACAAAAGAGACUGGGAGACAUGGAUUUAUCUAGCAUUCUGGAACAAGAUGCAUUCCACAGAUCACUCUUGGCCUGCUGCCUCGAGGUUGUCACUUUUUCCUAUAAGCCUCCUGGGAAUUUUCCAUUCAUUACUGAAAUAUUUGAGGUGCCACUUUAUCACUUUUACAAGGUGAUAGAAGUCUUCAUCCGAGCAGAAGACGGCCUUUGCAGAGAGGUGGUGAAACACCUCAAUCAGAUUGAAGAGCAGAUCCUGGACCAUCUGGCCUGGAAGCCAGACUCUCCGCUCUGGGACAGGAUCAGAGAGAAUGACAGCCGAGUCCCUGCCUGUGAAGAGGUCAUGCCAGCUCAGAACCUGGAGAGAGCAGAUGACAUCUGUAUGGCCGGCUCCCCUUUGACCCCCAGGAGAGUGAGUGAGGUUCGCGCUGACGCUGGAGGAGUUGGCAGAGGCAUCAGCUCUCCAGCCACGUUGUACGACCGGUACAGCUCCCCGGCCGCCAGCUCCACGCGCAGACGGCUCUUCGUGGACAGCGACAGCCCCUCGGAGAGGGGAGUCCCGGGCCGCCUGCCCCCGCAGCCCCUGGUCAGCGCUGUCCCCGUGCAGAGCGUGCCCGGGGAGGCGGUCCCCGUCACACCGGUUCCCGGACAGACUCUGGUCCCCAUGGCAACGGCCACUGUCACGGCCAACAAUGGACAGACUGUGACCAUUCCUGUCCAAGGCAUCGCCAAUGAGAACGGAGGGAUCACCUUCUUCCCGGUCCAAGUGAAUGUCGGGGGGCAGGCCCAGGCCGUGCCGGGCUCCAUGCAGCCGCUCAGUGCCCAGGCGCUGGCCGGGAACCUGGGCUCUCAGCCGGUGCCAGGAGCCGCCCUGCAGGUCCCGGGGCCGGUGGCCCUUCCGCAGCUCUCGCCCGGCGGCCAGCAGAAGCCAGCGCCCCCCGGACCAGGUGGCAGCAGUGGCAGGCCCCGAAAGACCAGCUCCUUAUCGCUCUUCUUCAGGAAGGUUUACCACUUAGCAGGGGUCCGCCUCCGGGACCUUUGUGCUAAGCUGGAUAUUUCCGAUGAGCUAAGGAAAAAGAUCUGGACCUGCUUUGAAUUCUCCAUAAUUCAGUGUCCUGAGCUUAUGAUGGACAGACAUCUGGACCAGUUGUUGAUGUGUGCCAUUUAUGUGAUGGCAAAAGUCACCAAAGAGGACAAGUCCUUCCAGAACAUCAUGCGUUGCUACAGGACGCAGCCACAGGCUCGGAGCCAGGUGUAUAGAAGUGUUUUGAUAAGAGGGAAAAGGAAAAGAAGAAACUCUGGCAGCAGUGAAAGCAGAAGCCAUCAGAAUUCUCCCACAGAGCUGAACAAAGACAGAACCAGCAGAGACUCCAGCCCCGUCAUGAGGUCCAGCAGCACCCUGCCCGUCCCCCAGCCCAGCAGCGCCCCUCCCACGCCCACCCACCUCACGGGGGCCAACAGCGACCUGGAGGAGGAGGAGAGGGGCGACCUCAUCCAGUUCUACAACAACGUCUACGUCAAACAGAUCCAGACGUUCGCUCUCAAGUACUCGCAGGCCAACGUGACGGACGCCCCUCCGCUGUCCCCCUACCCGUUUGUCAGAGCCGGCUCCCCUCGCCGUGUGCAGCUGUCCCAGAACCACCCCGUCUACAUCUCCCCGCACAAGCACGAAAUCAUGCUUUCUCCCCGAGAAAAGAUUUUCUACUACUUCAGCAACAGUCCCUCCAAGAGACUAAGAGAAAUUAACAGUAUGAUACGGACAGGAGAGACGCCAACCAAAAAGAGAGGGAUUCUUCUGGAAGAUGGAAGUGAAUCGCCUGCCAAAAGAAUUUGCCCAGAAAAUCACACCGCCUUAUUACGCCGUCUGCAAGACGUAGCUAAUGACCGAGGUUCCCACUGAGGUUAGUCUGUUGUGUUGAAACUCCUUUCACCAACUGUUUAACAGCAUCUUUUAAUGCAUGCUAGAUUACGGGGCUCUUUUCCUUAAUCUUUCCAAUAUCCUUAUUUUUACUCAUCCCAUCUGCCUUUUCUCCUACCACCCAGUGCUUGCCGUCAAGGCUGUCUAGAAUCGGUUUGGGAUUUGUUAACUCUCUGGCAGAGCUUUUCCAGGUAUUGUAGAGAACAAAGCAUGCCGAAACGUGUGCAGAGGGCUGUUUCAGUCCCUUCCCACCUCUUUGUGGUCUCUGGCGCUCAUGAAAAGCAGCAGAGAAACUAGGUAUUCUGGCCUAAAACACCCGGUAGGAGUUGGGAGAACUUUGCAUUUUAGAAACACAAGGGAGAGGGCCCAGACUCAGAUGGCCCGCGUCGCCCGGUCCGUGUGAAGCCUCCCCUCCCGUAGGCGUGGUGCAGUGUGGCAGGUGCUUGCGUGUUUGGUGUGUGGUGUGCGUGAGUUGUGUAAAAAGCGGCACUUUUGGGCUGUAAAAAGCAUGAUUUCUUAACCUAGGUUUUGCUGUAUAUUGUGAUGGCACUUUCUACAGUGUGAACUUUAUUACGUACAAAACUGCUAGGCUAAACACUCGACAUCCUCUUUGAUGCUUCUGUACAUGUUCAGAACUGUUAAAGCCCCAGCAGCCACCUGGGCGCACAUAUUUUAAAUUUCCAGGUUCCUCCCUCCCCUCCCCACACCCCUCCAAUAGUAGGGAUCAGCUGGCUAGGUGAAGAUUUUUAAAUCAAGUUGAAUUAAGGAAAUUAACAUGAAAAAUUAUGGCCUCUUCCUUUGGAGGUAGUUAUCCAAAAGACACGUGUCUACUAAGGUAAUGCAUUUUAAAAUAUCUUUAGGUAUGUUCCUGGCAGUUUAAAAAAAAAAGGAGCUUAGGUUUUCAUUGAGUACAUAGUACCAAUCAUACAAAUUAGAAAAGGUUAUUUAACAGCUAUUGAAGUAUCUAUAUAUAACUUUAUUAAUCAGUAUUGUUCCAGCAGUUUUUAAGUCGAAUGAAUAAUAUUAGGUUGAAAAUUCAAUUGUAAAUUGAAUCAGUAUAAACAAAGUUACUAGGUAACUUAAUAUUGCUCUGAAAGAAAUAUGGAAUUUAUUACACUGUUCAGUUAGAAUAGUGUUUUGCAAAAAUAUUUAUAAAACCUCUCCAGAUACUUAUUGCUAUUGUAAUUUUAUAUGAAAAUAAGUGUAUUUUUCAAUAAAGCAUUUAUAAAUUAA